UGGCAGCCCGACCGCGGGCCCUGCGUGCUGUCCGAGUACCAGGCCUUCAGGGAGAAUGUGCUGAAGAACCUGGACGACAAGGCUUUUGACAGGCCCAUCUGCGAGGCCCUCUUAAACCAGAAGUUUUUCAAUGGAAUUGGGAAUUACCUCCGCGCUGAGAUCUUGUUCAGGGUGAAGAUCCCUCCCUUUGAAAAGGCUCGGACCGUGCUGGAGGCCCUGAAGGAGCAGGAGGAGACAAGGAAGAAGAAGAAUCCUUCCCUGACGCUGAGCAAGAAGCUGAAGUUGAUGCGCGAGAACCCGGAUCUCCUGGAGCUGUGCCACGCCGUGCCCAUGGAGGUCAUCACGGCGGAGAAAAAGCUCUUUGAGCCGGAGCAUGCAGAAAACUACGCCGCCUUCAAGAAUUGGCUGCAGUGUUACUUGGUGCCUGGCAUGAGCUCCCUGCGUGACCGCAAUGGCAGGACCAUAUGGUUCCAGGGAGAGCCUGGCCCCAUGGCUCCCAAAGGGCAGGCGUCCCGCAAGAAGCACGCUCGGCUGAAGGCAGAUCCCGACGCUCUGACCCCCAAGGUCACCACGCGCACCUCGAAACGGCGCCCCAGGGCUGCAGCGAAACCCUCCAAGCCAGCCGAGGAGAAGGAGGUGGCUGACAGGCCAAGGAAGGGACGGUGUCGUGGGAGGAGGAAGGCAACCGCUGCUUCGGCCUCGUCUGAGCCUGAGGCGCCGGUCAAAGCCAAAAGAAGCUGCCGGACGACUGCACGCAGGGGCAGAGGUGCAGCCCCUGCCGUGUGA